AUGGAGAACCUUUUCCGCAAGGUGGAGCAACAUGUCGAAGCCUUCUUUGGAGAGGAGCGGCACGCACACACUCACAUGGGCCAUGAGUGCCACGGGCAUCAUCCCGAUGGCCAUGUUGAGAACCGAUACCAGUCCUUUGCCCCGCAGACCACCGGCCACGCCAAGUGGUACGUCGACGGAUGUUCCUACUUCUGGGCUGUCUCCGAGGCCAUUGAACAGGCCCGCGAGAGCAUCUACAUCCUGGACUGGUGGUUGAGCCCAGAGCUGUACCUGCGCCGCCCUCCCUCUGCCAAUGAGCGCUAUCGUCUUGAUAAUCUGCUCAAGGCCGCUGCCGAGAGAGGCGUCAAGGUCAAUAUUAUUGUUUACAAGGAAGUUGAGGCCGCACUGACCCGUGAGUUUCCUCGAUCAUCAGUUCAUGUCCAUAAUCGGCGUUUGACUCGUGCUAAUACUCCCGCCAAGCACACAAGGACCUACCUGGAAAGCCUUCAUCCCAACAUUGGCGUGUUUCGGCACCCUGACCAUAUUCCUACGGGAUACGAUCUCAAUAGUGAGAUUGGCCAGAACUUUUCAAACCUAUCUUUGAACACCUUCACCUUGUCUAAGUUCUCCACCGAUGCCUUGAAGACCAUUUAUGGAACUGCCACCGAUGGCGUCGUUCUUUUCUGGGCGCAUCACGAGAAGCUCUGUCUCAUCGAUAACAAGAUCGCCUUUAUGGGGGGUCUCGAUAUGUGCUUUGGCAGAUGGGACACCAACAGCCAUCCCAUUGCCGACGCCCAUCCGGGCAACCUAGAUGCUAUCGUUUUCCCCGGUCAAGACUACAACAACGCACGUGUCUAUGAUUUUGCUGAUGUUGAUAACUGGGAACAGAACAAGCUCGAUCGCACGAAGAGCUCUAGGAUGGGAUGGUCCGACGUUGCCAUCAGCCUAAACGGCCCCAUCGUCCAGAACCUUUCAGACUUCUUUGUUGAUAGAUGGAACUUCAUUUUCGACGACAAGUACACCAAGAAGAACCCAGGCAAGUACGGCAGGAUCGAUGGCGCCAACCAGGAGUCCGGAAGAAUUGCCGAGACCGGCCAGGGCGGUGGCUUCUUUGGCGGCGCCGGCCACCAAACCAGUCAACUUUUCGGGGACCUUUCGGAUCGCAUCAACCGUGGUAUGAGCCGGCUGAUGGUCAGCGACGAAGAUGAUGACAACAGGCCCCUGCGACAGGAGCACGGCGACCAGUCUGCCAACAUUCAGCUUACUCGGAGCUGCACUAAGUGGUCUUCGGGUCACGCCACCGAGCACUCCAUCGCAAACGCUUACAUCGACGCCAUCACAAGAGCUCAACAUUUCUUCUUCAUUACUGCAACCAGCAAAGAGCAGCGUCCCGUAACCAACAAGAUUGGCCGCGCCAUUGUUGACCGUAUCAUCCGCGCUCAUCGUAACGGCGAAGACUUCAAGUUCAUUGUCAACAUGCCUGCGGUCCCUGCCUUUGCAGGCGACCUUCAGUCCGACGGUGCUCUUGGUACCCGCGCCAUCAUGGAGUUCCAGUACAAUUCCAUCAGCAGAGGAGGUCACAGCAUUAUCGAGACCCUCCGCAGCGAAGGCGGCAUUGAGGACCCUGGCCGCUACAUUCGCUUCUACAACCUCCGCAACUACGACCGCAUCAACGUCUCUUCGACCAUGUCCGAAGCCGAACGCCAGAGCGGCGUCUCGUACGAGGACGCCCGCCGCGAACAUGAUGACGCCGUCGGUGCCGGAUACGAGCCCCGAGGCGAAGGCACCAACGCCUCCUGGGGCGGCCGCAACACGCAGUACGAUCGUUACCAGGAGGCUGCUUCCCGCGUCUCUGACCAAACUUGGGACACCGUCUCAUCGUGCUAUAUGGAAGCCGGCCCGGACCUGCACAGUGUCCCUUGGCACGGCGAACCGGAAGCCGAGAUGGACGCCUUCGUCAGCGAGGAGCUUUACAUCCAUUCCAAAUUGCUCAUCGUUGACGACAAUCUCGUGAUUGUUGGUUCCGCCAACCUCAACGACCGCUCCCAGCUUGGCAACCAUGACUCCGAGAUCGCCGUCAUCAUAGAAGAUCCAACUCCCAUCGAGUCUCAGAUGGGAGGUCGCCCGUACACUGCCUCCAAGUUCGCCGCCUCUCUCCGCCGCCAGAUCUUCCGUAAACACCUCGGCCUGUUGCCACACCAGCGUCCGGAUCGGCCCGACGACAACUGGACCUCUGUCGAGCGCGGCCCCAAUGUCUACGACUGGGGAUCUCACGCCGACCGCCUCGUACAGGAUCCCAUGUCCCGCGAGUUCUGGGACCUAUGGGAAGGUACUGCGCGCACCAACACCGAGGUCUUCUCCAAGGUCUUCCACAACGUGCCCAACGAUCACGUGCGUACCUGGAAAGACUACGACGAAUUCUUCUCACGACACUUCAUCAUCCCCGGCGCCCAGAACCAAGGCGACACGUCCGGUAAGGUAGAGUACGGCCACGUCGUCAAGGAGGAGUUCCCCGGCGGUGUGCGCGAGGUCAAGGACUGGCUCAACCGCGUGCGUGGUAACAUCGUCGAGAUGCCCCUCGAUUUCCUUGUUGAUGUCGACGAUAUUGCUAAGGAGGGUCUUUCUCUGAACGGUCUCACGAAUGAGCUUUACACAUAA